AAAAAUAAAAGAUCGUGUUGUCUUAAAUCAUGUGUAUUGUUUUCUUAUUGAGACAGUAAAAAAUAACAAUUUACAAAUUGUUGUUAUGAAAAUUUGAUUACAGACAUCAUAUUUCCUAAAAAAUGGAUUUAAAAGCUGUAGUUGUUUCUGGAGAAGCUCCAGAGUCUGACGAUGAUGCAUCAAACAUUGUCACUGGCCUAGGAUUCCCUACAAUGCGAACACCAUCUACAUACUGCGGUACCAUUAUCUCAGGCGAAGCUCCAGAAUCUGAUGAUGAUUUAACAAGUUUGAGUAGUAUUAGCGGAGCGGUAGAUGCCAUGGCAUGUCCUCCUUAUACAGAUUUUAAAAUACCAAGAUCUAAAAAAAGUUCUAUCAAGUAUAAUAGUUUACUUCAUAAAAAGUUAUACGAAUGCAAUGAAACCUUGGAUAGAGACAUUCUGCAAAUGACCGAGGGCGCAAUCACAACCAGCGUACAAGAAUUGUCAGCUGUUAACCGACAACUGCUGAGAAGUGAAUUGGUGUUACAAGAGGCUGUGUGUCAAUUACGCAAUGCAUCUGGUCGGGUAAAGGAUGCCUCCGACACUCUACAUCAACUCAUAGACGACAACUUCUUGCAUUCCGUUAAAAUUUAACUUUUAUUAAACUUAUUAAGUGCAUUUCUAUUCUUAAGAUAUACAUGUAGCAAUGAGUAACAGGUAUGUGCUUACAAAGGACGUCAAACAACUGUCCGGUACCGAUUUGAUUUUCCAUAUUUUUUUCCAUUUUUUAAUACGUGCGUCAACUCAAAAAAAUCAUAUUUCGAGCCGAAUACCGUCGGAGUAUAAAAGAUGGAAAAAAAUGUUUCAAACAAAAAAGUUGUGAAAAAAAUUAAUUUUUUUUUCUUCACAGCAUUGAAGUACUCUUGAAACUGUAUUUUUGUUAAAAAAAUCUUUUAUACUUCCGAUAUUCGGUUCGAAAUAGAAAUACCGUUUUUUUUUUCAAAGGAGUGUUUCACCCCUUAAACUUAAAUGAGUUAGCAUAUGUAUAAAAACCAAUGUAUCUCUUAGAUUUUUGCGUUUAACAACAUACUUCACGGAGAAUCAAAUCGGUACCGGACAGUUGUGUGACGUCCUUUGUUAGUAUAUAAUGUCAUGGUACCAUGCAUUAGAUGCCGGUGUUAAAAAAAAAUGCGCUUUCCUCUUUGAGAUCUGGGA